GUUACUGCAAAUAGAUAUAUGGGUAAGACUUUUCAAUUUAAUUGUUUUAAAAAUUUUAUAUAACCAAAAAGUAACCAUAUAAUGAAUACAGGAGUUCCGCAACUAUCAUCAAAGCCUACAAUAAUAUUUUUGAUAGACCCAAACAUUACUGAAUCACACACUCUUAAAGAAUGGUAAUGCUUAUGCAAAUAAAAUCCUUCCUAAUGUAAUUUUGAAAAAAAAUAAUACAUGUCUUAAAUAUAAGAUGACAGGGAACGAGAAAAAUUAUGAGAAACUGAUGCAGCAGACCCCAUCGAAGCUAAUGAGAAGGUCUAAGAAGGUUAUGCUUGGUGAUAUUAUCACAUCAUCAAUAGCUACAAAACAUGUAUUUUAUUAUAUUGGUUAAGAUAUUAACAAGAUAAAUAAUAAUAAAUUUUGAAUUUAUAACUUGAUUGCUAUUUUUUAGAAUAUGUAUUCCUACUUUAGAGCAGAGAUAUCAGCAAUAAUCAAUCCAGAAUCACCUUGUUACACCGCAUGCAAGAGUUGUCAAAGAAAGGUUUUUGUUGAAGACAGCAUAGCUAACUGCAACAAUUGCAAUACUAAAGAUGCAGAAUGGGAAAUAAAGUACCUUAUGCGAUUGGAAGUUAAAGAUCAUAUCGACAAGGCAUAUGUUAUACUUUUCGAUGAAGCUCGGUAUCUAACUGGUUGUUCAACUGAAGAAUAUGUAGAUUCAUUUAAUGAAGAAGGAAAGGAGCACUUAUCACCUAUGUACCAGAAAAUGAUGACCUGUUGCGACAAAGAAUAUCUUUUCUUGGUAAAAAUGAACAGGAAAGAUGAAGAGAAAAGAAUUGAAGGAAGAAUAACCGCUCAAGAAAUAUGCAGCCCAAACAACUUCGAACCAAUAGAAUGUGAUGAAGAUAAAGAUUCAAAGGACAUUUCACUGAAGCGAAAGAGUAUGACAAGCCUGAAAAAAGAUAUGAACAAAAGAAAGUUCAUGAAUAAUAAAAAUAUUAAAAUAGAAAGUGAGAAGUGAUUCAUCAUUUAUAGCACUACGAUGAAUACACUUAAUUAUGUUUAUUUAAACUAUUAUGUCGAGGAUAUGCACCUAUGUUGAUUUUAAGAAGUACAUUUUAAAUAGUGUUUGUUUGUUUAAAGUAUUAUGAGUCAAACAUAUCCUAUGUAACAAUGAAAGUUUUUCUGUUAAUUUGCUCUUUUCUUCAA